AAAAAAAACACUUUUCAUCAAAUCUCUAAGCAAUAACUAUUUUUUUACAAAGCUGGAUCUUGGGUGCCCAUCUACUUGAGAUUCCACUGUUUUGUAGACUUGGGUGGUAAUAAAUGUUUUUUAUGGGCAACUCUAAUUUGUAGACAUAUAUUUUCAUUUGGGGAUGCCAAAAUCCAGUUCAACCCAAAAUUAAUUUCUUUUGUGCAAGAUAAAGUUCAGCUUCAAGUGCAUUCUGGAGUUGUUAUUCCAACUCACAUCAUUCUUUGUUGUUGGUUCAUGUUGUUCUUAUUCCAGGUUGUGGCCCAAACAAUCAGGUCAUGUUUAGAUGAGCUCCCGGGCUAUCCACGAACACAAAUAGGGUUUGCAACUUUUGACAGCACAAUACAUUUUUAUAACAUGAAGUCAUCCUUGACUCAGCCACAAAUGUUGGUGGUCUCAGAUCUGGAUGACAUAUUUGUUCCCCUGCCAGAUGAUCUCCUUGUCAACUUAUCAGAAUCAAGAAGUGUGGUGGAAACGUUUCUUGAUGGUCUACCAUCCAUGUUCCAGGACAAUGUGAAUCUGGAAUCUGCUUUUGGUCCUUCUCUGAAGGCUGCCUUUUUGAUUAUGAGUCAACUUGGAGGGAAAUUGUUAGUUUUUCAAAACACACUCCCAUCUCUUGGUGUUGGUCGAUUGAAACUACGUGGAGAUGAUUCUAAAGUCUAUGGCACAGAUAAAGAACACGUGUUAAGACUGCCAGAAGAUCCCUUUUACAAGCAAAUGGCAGCUGAGUUUUCUAAAUACCAAAUCUCAGUAAAUAUGUAUGCAUUCAGUGAUAAGUACACCGACAUCGCAUCCCUAGGAACUCUGGCAAAGUAUACUGCUGGUCAACUCUAUUACUAUCCAGCUUUCCAAUCAGUCAUUCACGGGGAGAAACUAAGAAAUGAGCUAAGGAGAGACCUUACCAGAGAAACUGGCUGGGAAGCAGUAUUGCGAAUUAGAUGCGGUAAAGGUGUCCGUUUCACAACUUAUCAUGGAAACUUUAUGCUAAGGUCCACAAAUUUGUUAGCACUUCCAGCCGUGGAUUGUGAUAAAGCCUUUGCCAUGCAGUUAUCACUUGAAGAAACAUCACUGACAGAUCAGACAAUGUAUUUCCAAGUUGCAUUGUUGUAUACUGCAUCUUGUGGAGAAAGGCGUAUCAGAGUACAUACAGCAGCAGUUCCAGUAGUUAAAGACUUGGUAGAGAUGUAUCGCUUGGCUGAUACUGGUGCAAUUUUAUCUCUGUUUAGUAGGCUGGCAAUUGAGAAAACAUUAUCCCAUAAACUUGAAGAUGCCCGGUGUGCUGUACAUUUAGGAAUUGUGAAAGGCCUCCGAGAUUAUCGAAAUAUCUAUGCUGGGCAACAGCGCUUGGUGAAUAGGAUGAUAUAUCCUGAGUCAUUAAAGUUCCUACCCUUGUAUGGUUUAGCUCUUUGUAGAUCAGCACCUCUCCGUGGUGGAUAUGGGGAUGUUUCAUUAGAUGAACGGUGUGCAGCUGGACACACAAUGAUGACCCUAACAGUAAAAAGGAUGUUGAAACUUCUCUACCCUAGUUUGCAUCGACUUGACGAAUAUCUUCUAAAUGCUGGUGAUUUGAAAAAAAUUGAUAGAAGGUUACCUUUGACUAGGGAGAGCUUGGAUUCUAGGGGCCUUUAUAUAUAUGACGAUGGCUUCCAGUUCAUUUUAUGGUUUGGUAGAGUGAUUUCACCUGACAUAGCUAAGAACUUACUUGGGUCUAACUUUGCAGCAGAGUUUUCAAAGGUUACUCUAAAUGAGAAUGAGAAUGAUACUGAAAUGUCUCGGAGGCUGAUAAAGGUACUUGAGAAGCUCAGAAGUACUGACCGUGCAUAUUACCAGUUGUGCCGCCUUGUGAGGCAAGGUGAACACCCCAGAGAAGGAUUCCUUCUUCUUUCAAACCUGUUUGAGGACCAGUUGGGUGCUAAUAAUGGAUAUGCUGAUUGGAUGAUACAGAUUUCCAGACAAGUGCAACAAACAUAAUAUAGAGGAUUGUUACGUGUAUCGUAAUUGAAGGAAUUUUUCGUUUCUUCAUUAGAAAUAAAUUGAGUUUAUGCAUGGGAUGCAUUACAAGCGUGGAUGCUUGACUAGGCUAAUUGGUCGUUAGAAGGAUGUUUCAUGGACACUGCAAGUUCGCCCUGGAAUGUAUCAAUUAGGUGAACUGUAACUUAGUGAUUAGAUUCAAAGUGUUUUUCUUUCCUUGGAAUAGAAAAUAAAACUCUUUUGGAUAGGUUGCAGUUAUCUGAGGUAUAAUUUCAUUU